UCCCACUGGCGAGCGCGAGUGAUGUACCUGGGCAGUGGAGGCGGCGUGGUGGCGCGCGAGGGUGCUGGAGAGAGGCGAGCGACAGAGGAAGGAAGCGGGAAGUGGGUGUCUCGGGAUGAACGGGGCGGCCCGGGCGCUCUUCGACAGCAAGGAGCGCGUCCUGCUGCUGGGCGAGACUUUCGAGAAGCAGCCGCGCUGCGCCUUCCACACCUUGCGCUAUGACUUCAAACCUGCAUCAAUUGAUACAUCUUGUGAAGGAGACCUUGAAGUUGGUAAAGGUGAACAGGUGACAGUAAUGUUGCCAAAUAUUGAGGGCUCUACUCCACCAGUAACAGUUUUCAAGGGUUCCAAGAAGCCAUAUCAAAAAGAAUGCAUCUUAAUAAUUAACCAUGACACUGGUGAAUGUAGACUAGAGAAACUUAGUAGCAAUAUCACUGUGAAGAAAACCAGAGGUGAAGGAAGCAGCAAGGUGCAGUCUCGUAUUGAGCAGCAGCAGCAGCUAAUGAAACAUGCUAAUAAGAUGCCAAACAGCAACAAAUCUUCUCCACCAAAAGAAAAGAUGUCUCCACCUUAUCCCAUGGAUGAUAUUGAAAGAGAGCUAAAAGCAGAGGCUAAAGUUAUAGAGCAAAUGAGUAGCUCUGAUAGUUCAUCGGAAUCAAAGAGUUCAUCCUCUUCAUCAAGUAGUGAAAAUAGUUCUAGUGAUUCAGAAGAAGAAGCAGCAAAGCUAUCUCUUCCCUUGUCGAUGCCACGCCUACAGCCACAGCUUCCUAUGAUGACAGUGUCACAACAGGCCUUCCCAGAUGUGGAUGUUGGAUAUCACAGAAGUCAAGAGAGCAGUGGCCGUUUGAUGAAUACAUUGAGAAAUGAUCUUCAGUUGAGUGACUCUGGAAGUGACAGCGAUGAUUGAAGCUUUCAAGUUUUAAAGAUGCAUUAUUUCCUUUGCUGAAGAUGAAAAGACGUUUGUUUUGCACUAAGCUAAAAGUAAUAAAAUUAGAAGCAUGUUAUCAA